CAGGAUAUAUUUUGUAAAGCCCUGCCUGCGUGUCCAUUUAUAGUAAAACCCUCACUCACUCUCACAAAACCCCGGCCGCUGAUAAGAAAGAGAAAUGUCAGUCUCAAAAUUCCUACGCUUGGGAACCGCUCUCUCCCUCCAUAACCGCUUACCUCUCUCCCCACUCCCACUUCUCUUCCCAAAAUCCCUACAGUUCCACCCCCGCUACUGUUCCACCGCCUCCUCCGCUGCCGUCGCCGCCGUCGACAGCACAGAAUCUCUAUGCUCCCCCGACCCCCACCCGUGGCCCGAAUGGGUGACCUUCGUGGACCGCUUGAAGUCCAAGGGUUACUUCACCGAAUCCUCCUCCUCUCCAACCGAUAGCGUUUACAAGGACAUGGGAGUCGUGAGAGACGCUUGCCUUAGCUUCGCUCGUGACCGAUACGAUGUCUUCAAAUCAUUGUCUAUAGAUGAUAUUCAAAAAGUUGUUGAGUGCGGAUGUCCUAAUCUUUACCGGAAAGCUGUUAAUUCAGGAAAAAGAUUGAGAGCAUACGUGCGAUUGGAUGAAGGGGAUGUCUGUAGUACUUGCAGUCUGCGGGGAUCUUGUGAUAGAGCUUAUGUGAUUUUGAAGGAAACUGAAGCAGAUGCCCGAACUGUGGAUAUAGUGCGUAUAUUGUUGUUCUAUGCCCUAGAUUCACUUGUUCUUUCAGGAGGAGAGAAACCUCCUGGUCGACAGACAAUUGAAUCUUCUGCAAGGAAGUUGCUUUCUGAGUUGAUUGAACUGAGUGAAACAUCCCCUGAUCCUGCACUUCCAAAGCCUGCUGUUAAAGCUUUGAAACAAAAGGAUGACUCUUUGGAUUUCAUGGAUGAUGUACCAUCACAAGAUGUUGAAAUGAAGAGAGGGGAUUGGAUGUGUCCUAAAUGCAAUUUUAUGAACUUCUCCAGGAAUAAACAGUGCCGAGAAUGCAAUGAAGAUGGCCCUAAAAAAGUUGGUAUGGGUGAUGUUGAAAUGAAAAAAGGAGAUUGGACCUGUUCUCAAUGCGAUUUCAUGAAUUUUUCUAGGAACAUACGUUGCCUAAAGUGCAAAGCGGAGGGGCCAAAGAGGGUUAGUGCAGACAAGGUUGAAAUGAAAAGAGGAGAUUGGAACUGCGAGCAGUGUGGUUUUAUGAACUUUGCUAGUAAUAGGAACUGUUUACGCUGCCGAGUGGCACGUCCUAAAAGACAGUUAAACCCUGGAGAAUGGGAAUGCCCCUCAUGUGAUUUCUUGAAUUACAGAAAGAACAUGGUAUGCCUGAAGUGUAAUUGUGAACGCCCCAAGGAAGCUGCAGCAGCUUCUGAGUAUGAGGAGCAGUUAUGGAAGCAGCCUCACUAGUGGUUUUUAUCAGAAGGUCAAAAGACUUGGUUUUUGUGUAUUUUGCCCAAGACGUGACCUUGGAUGCUCAUAAUAUCAGGUUGGUGACCAAAGAGUGCAAAAUUAAACUGAAAAUAUUGAUGACCAAAAGUGAGAACAAUUAAGCAGAAACUGCUCGUCUCUCACCAAGCUCUGUUUAUUAUGAUGUUUUUCGGGCUUCCACAAUUAGUUUUGAUGUUUCCCCAAUUCUGAGAAAUUCAUUGGUAUGAAGGAUUUGGUGGUUGUCAGGUUACUUGAGUAAUGUAUAGCUUGCGAAUGGAAGUAAGCAUUGUGUCUGUAGAUUCCUGUUGUUUCCAUACUGUUAAGGCUCUCUGCUUUCACUAAACAUGAUCAGUAUUCACAAAUCAUCUGAUUUAAUAGCGCAUGAGUGGUCAAUAUCCUUAUA